AUGAAGCAGCAGCAGCAGAGUUUGACGAUGCGGCAGCGCGCGCCGCGCGAUGAUGGUAGUGCCAGCCAUGUCAAAGAGUGUGUUGGGCAAACACCAGCGAAUUGUGGGGUACUUCUAAUGGGCAGUCGAUCGCUGUCGCCGGCGCCGUGCUUCCCCAGCGAUGACAUAUCCCCCUCUGCACGCCCGCAGCUGCAGCAGGAUCACCACCUCGCCGGCACACCAUCAAGGAACCGUCGCCCCCCAUCCUCGCAGCCUCGCGAGUCGUCUCAUGCGCCUCAGCGACGCCAACCGCACAAGCAACAGCAGGAGCUGAGUCCAGGCGACAACCCACGCAGCCAUCGAGGAGACGGCGAGCGUGGCGUCAGCGGCAGUGGCGCCCCCAACGACUGGUGGCAGCGACCGGUGCCUUCGAACAGCAAGGUCUCUUCCUUUGGAGGCAAUACCCGUCCGCGCAAGCUGUCACCGUCUAGAAAUUCACCCGACGAGGACCGCCGUCGCAGCCAGCGUGAGAAGCAGAUUCAGUUCGGGUACGUCACGGACGGCUACACGAACAUGAAGCGGCUCAUCGCGCACGACCCGCUGCUGAGGAGCGGCGGCAUCCUCCCGCUUUCGCCACCGGAUGUCGUCAAGGGGAGCAAGCGCCUGUGGGACAUUCAACUCCGCAAGUGGCGUCGAGCACUACACAUGUUCGACUACGUAUUUAUCGAUGGUGAAGAUCACCCGGAGACACGGGCGAAGGUGCUGGAGGAGCAGCGGCGGCAGUGGGUAAGCGAGGCAUUCAACGAGAUGCCGCGUGAGGCGCGACUGAAGAUCGACCUCGACACCCUGCGCGGCGUCCAGCACUCCUCUGCCGUGCCGAGUAGAAUCCCCAUCGAGGAAGACCUCCGAUGCAUCCUGCGAAGCGACGACUGCUACGAGUCCGUCCGCAGCGUCGUACCGCAGAGUGCAUCGUCGCUGACCAAGGGCACCGAUAUCAGUCCCCUCGAGGCGGGCAUCAAGAUCCACAUUGCGCCGUCGGCCGCGGUGCUGCAGCGGCAGCAGGCGCAACUUGAAGUGCAGCAGCGACUCUCCUCCCUUCACCAGCAACAGCAGCAUCAGCAUGUGCUGGCAACAGAGGUGGCACCGGAAAGUAUGGAGACGGGCUCACACGUGCCGAGCGCCCCACCAGUGCUAGGAGCAACGGUUGAGAGCGCGGCUGUCGAGCCACCCGUCGAGCUCUCACCAAGUCCGCGUCGUCCACCGCUGCCGCUGCUGUCCACACAGUCGCCAUCGAAUUUCUCAUGCCCCUCUCAGCCGCAGAAGGCGUUCGAGACGACGCCGCAUCGGCAGCUCUGCUGCAGUCCCAGAGACGAGCAACGGUGCAGCACCCUCAGCUCCAGCCCACUACCGCGCGCGGCCGCAGCGCCAGCGCCCACAGCAUUCGGCAGCACUGAGACACCCCCGGGGAUCUCGGCCAGUCAACCUCGCACCCUCUCUCUCUCGGGCAGCUCAGCACGAGUGCAGGGUGCUUCACUGAGUUUGCGAGGCGUGUCGGCAACAGCAGCGGUGCUGGCGCCGCCUCCGCCGUUUGCCAACCCUACACCUUGCAUCGUGCCGAACGUGUGGAUGCCCGGAGUGACUGUAUCGUCAACACCGGCAGCAACAGCAGCACCCGCCACCAUGGCAGCGACAGCGCAGCCGCUAAUGCCGUGGUGCAGUCACUGCGGUCAUUGUAUCGGUCUCCCAGCGCCGACCAUCACUGGUACGCCGUAUGGAGGCAUGCGUGCCAGUACCGCCGGCAACCGCGGCGGUGUGCUGGCGCCGGCCCAGGUGCCGCCACAGCACGUAAACCCAGUCGCCAUAGGCGGCACCAAUGGUGCUAUGAUGCCACCAUCCAUGCAGUUCCCUGGUGCAAUGCCGUACAUGAGCCAUCCCACGGAUUCUAUGGCGGCGGCGGCGGUGGCCACCUCCCCUCUGUACUGGCAGAUGCUGACACCGCCGGUUGUUGAACGGAUUGGAGGCGGCGGCACCUUCACCGCCCACCACGGCAGCAGUCGCAGUCAGUAUCGCCAGUCCGAUGCGCGGCAAGACGCCUUCGCAACGAUGCCACGCUCCGCCGCAGCUGCAGCCGGCAGAUCGUGUCCGCGAGACGGGCACUGUCGUAGCAGCGGGGCCGUCGCUACAGGCGGUGGGACGGCGACGCCGCAGACGGUGCCGCGGUUUGUCGCACAACUGUCCACCUCGCCCAAUGAGGUACGACUCGGCGAGCGACAGUCCGCCGAACGCCUCUACAGCGCAGAGGUCGCCAGUGGUGAUGUGUCAGCGGCCACGAAGCCGCGUGCCACAGACACCAAAGCCGCAGCAGCAGCGCCACCACCGCUACGGCAGCCAUCCUCUGCCUUUGAUGCCGCCGCCGACGCUGCGCGUCUGGAGAAGAGUCAGUCCGCGUUGGCGGUUACGCCUGAACGAAAGCUCUUCGGCACGGGCAUCAUCGCUGAGGUGACGACAGAGUCGCGGUCAGUGGUCGUGGAGGCACUGCAGCAACACGAGACACAGCAGGGCACACCGUCGGGCAAACUGAGGCCGACGCUGGAGGUCGAGGAUGCGCCGGUGGGCCCUCUUGUCUUCGAUGGCGACGAGUAG